AUGCCGCCAAAGGGCCCCUCCCGCGGGGGCCCCCCGAAGGUAGAAGCCCAUUCAAGUUCAGGGGUACCGGGUAAGGGGGCCCCCGGGGGCCCCCCAGGGGCCCCUGAAAGUCCUGAGCUUGAUGAUGCUGCAUUAGAGCGGCUGCAGCAGCAGAUGCUCGAGGAUGAUGAUUUCGCUGAGGAUAUGCGUGCGCUGCUGCUGGCUCGCUUCCGUGCAAAGCACCGCAAGUCAGGGGGGCCCCCUGGGGCCCCAGGGGCCCCCUCUACCUUUGGGGGGGGGCCCCCAGGGGAUGUGGGGUUUGGAGACGGUGGGGAGGCAUCCAGUGAAGAUAAUUGCUCAAGCAGCGAAGAAGAUAUUGAGAGCGAGCCCGACCCAGAAGAUAUUAAACGCCUAAAGGAGUUGGGUUAUGAGCUGCAGCCCCAUGAGCGUCUCCUUAGCCGGGGUAAGGGGACCCUCAAAAGGGGACAGGGGGCCCCCUUGGGGGCCCUCUUGGGGGCCCCGCAGGGGCCCCCCUACCUCGUACCGAUGAGCAGCGGAACGAACAGGGGCUUCGCUCAAAAACCGUCAGGAAAAGCAGCAGAAGAAGCAGUGGAGAUGGAGACAGAAGAAGAACUACCCGUCUGCGACGAAGAGGGUCUGCUGCAGAAGCUGGAGGAGCUGAAGUACGAUCCCCCCCCCGGGAUGCGCAGAGUCCCUUUUGUAGAGACCCUCGCAAUAGUGGCUGACCCCGUGGUUAGCGGAGGAGACGGGGAAGCAAAGGAGACAAAGGAGACAAUCGAUGCUGCUGAGGACUUGAAGAGAGAAGCAUUUUUUGUGAAGCAGGUGCAGCAGACAGUGCCUAUAGCGCUUGCACGUCUGCGUGCUUUGGGGCUACAGUUUACGCGCCCAGAGGAUUUCUUAGCUGAGAUGCUGAAGAGCGAUAGGCAGAUGGGGCGUAUAAGAGCAAAGAUAGAAGAAGAACAAGAGCGACAGCAGCAGUUUGCAGAUAAGAAGAACAGGAUAUUCAAUAAGAAGUUUAAUAAACUCAGCGGACACCGCAUUCAAUCUCUCGUU